UCUGAUGAUUGGGAAGAAAAAGGCGCUGCCCAACUUAUUAAAACAAUUAAGAGCUCCGAUGGGAAAAGCAUAACAAGAAUCAUUAGAAGAUCUGUCAAAGACUUUGAAUUUGGUAAAACCUUAGGUGAGGGUUCCUAUUCAACUGUUAAGUUAUCUUUGGACAAAAAUACCUCCAAAUACUAUGCUAUCAAAAUCUUGGAUAAACGUCACAUCAUUAAAGAAAAAAAGGUCAAGUAUGUUACUAUCGAAAAGGAUGCCCUAAACAGGUUGUCUUCAAUUAAAUCUCAAAAUGCCUAUCCAAAUGGAAUUGUUAAAUUAUAUUUUACUUUUCAAGACGAAAACUGCUUAUAUUUUGUUCUCGAUUAUGCUUCAAAUGGUGAACUACUAUCUUUAAUUAAAAAAUACGGCUCGUUAAAUGAAAACUCAACAAGAUAUUUUGCUGCUCAAAUCAUUGACGCUUUGGAAUUCAUGCACAAUAAUGGCGUAAUCCACAGAGAUUUAAAACCAGAAAAUAUUCUAUUAGAUUCCUAUAAUCGAGUCGAAAUAACUGAUUUUGGAACUGCAAAAUUACUCCUAAAAGACCCUACAACAGACCUCUAUCCCAAAGAUACAAAAGCUUAUUCUUUUGUUGGAACCGCUGAAUAUGUUUCUCCAGAAUUAUUAAAUGACAAAUAUUCAGGAAAACCAAGUGAUAUUUGGUCCUUUGGUUGCAUUCUUUAUCAAUUAAUCGCAGGAAAACCCCCUUUUAAAGCUACAAAUGAAUACCUAACUUUUCAACAGGUUAUGAAAAUA